UCCCGUGGACUGCGACCGGCACACUGGACGGAUACGCUGCGUGCAUAAGUACUGACACUUUUACCUUGAGCGAUCCGACCAAGCGCAGUGGCAACAAUCUCGCUGAGAUAACCGAACCCUUCACUCGAACGCCCUGCAUCCGGGUUCGCCGAAGGCAUUCGAGUCGUGUCGUGCACUAACCAAGUCGGGGGAUUUGCGGCCUCACCAUGAUCAACACGGGCAAGCUAGCUGGGAGAACGCUGUUCAUCACGGGCGCCAGUCGAGGGAUCGGCAAGGAGAUUGCUCUGAAGGCAGCCAAGGACGGCGCCAACGUGGUCAUCGCCGCUAAGACUGCCGACCCCCACCCCAAGCUUCCGGGCACCAUCUAUACAGCUGCCAAGGAAGUGGAAGCUGCGGGAGGCAAGUGCCUGCCCUGCGUCCUUGACGUCCGCGAUGAGGAGCAGGUCAAGAGGGCUGUCGGUGAUGCCGUUUCUAAGUUUGGCGGCAUCGACAUCCUGGUCAACAAUGCAAGCGCCAUCAGCCUGACGCAGACGCAGAACACAGAGAUGAAGCGCUACGACCUGAUGCACUCCGUGAACGUUCGCGGCACAUUCCUCACCUCCAAGUACUGCAUUCCCCACCUGAAGAAGUCCAGCAAUCCACACAUUCUCAUGCUCAGCCCACCGCUCAUCAUGAAACCAAUCUGGUUUCAGAACCACCUAGCCUACACUAUGUCCAAGUAUGGAAUGUCCAUGUGUGUGUUGGGCUUGUCCGAGGAACUGCGAGCAGAUGGCAUUGCCGUCAAUGCCCUGUGGCCAAAGACAGCUAUCCACACAGCAGCCAUCGAGAUGCUCAUGGGCGCCGAGCACGGUCAAAGUACAAGCCGCAAGCCAACCAUCAUGGCCGAUGCAGCGUACGCCAUCCUGACCAAGCCGAGCCAAUCUUUCACUGGCAACUUCUGCAUUGACGAACGCUUGCUGAAAGAGGAAGGAGUCAAGGACUUUGAGCAGUACUCAUGUGUGCCUGGCUCCAAGCUGCAGCCAGAUUUCUUCAUUCCGGACGACGUUCUCGCCGAGUUUGACCAGCAGCAGGUAUCAUCGCUGGGCAUUGGCGGCACCAGUGCAGCACCGCCACCAUCGGCUGCUGCGUCCGAUAGCCCCGCUGCCAGUGAUGGCGUUGACGGAAUCCUGCAGAAGAUCAGCCAAAAGUUGAGCCCCGAGCUGGUCACUGCUACUAAAGGACUAUUUCAGUUCCAGGUCAAAGGUGGUGACGACUUCUUCGUGGACCUCCGAACGGGACAGGGUAGCGUGGGCAAGGGCCAGCCGUCGGAAGGCAACUCGCCCGACGUCGUGUUCACCAUGGACACCGACAGCCUGCUCAAGAUGUUUGCGGGCAGCCUGAAGCCGACGGCAGCCUUCAUGAGUGGCAAGAUGAAGAUCAAGGGAGUGGGGAAGGCCAUGAAACUCGAAAAGCUCAUGGGCAGCCUCCGAGCCAAGCUAUGAGGAUGAACCGAGCUUCUUCCUCGUUUCCUGGCACCCGCAUCGACACAUUUCUCCACCCCCAAUCCGCGUGGCCAAGCAGAAGAAAAACGACCGAGGCUAGACACCGACAGUGCCACCCGCUUCGUGAACGUCGCGGGUAAACUGGAUUUUUUUUUUCAGUUCACGUCGAUGCGGAGACUGUGCCCACAUUUGCUGGAUCAAAUGUUGCGCGUGUUCUCGCAUUUCGUUCGACUCCUGUGUGUUAUGCAUUCACAGUGACCGGGAGAGACGUGGCAAGAUGAUGUAAUUACAUGCAGUGGCUCGAGUUAUGUCUGAAAUGUGCAAGAUGAACUUACUCUGUGCGGUGAUUCCACUCCAUUAGGAACAGGGAUGACAUAGAAGCAUUGUAAUGUAACCGAGGGCCUAUUGAACACUGCGGUUUGCGAAUGAGAUUUAUCGUUCUUUU